CAGGGGCGGGUUGACCAUUUGGAAACUCGGGCACUGCCCGAGGGCCUGGGGUCAGUAGGGGCCCCAUGAGAUGCCCCUGGUACCUUUUUCAUAGGCUUUUUUGAGUUUGGGCAAGAACACAGGGGCCCCAUGAUCCCCUAUUGCCUGGGGGCCCCAUGUGUUGUCAGUCCGCCCCUGGUCAUGCCCAUCAGUGAUGCCUGUCAAUGCCCACCAGUGAUACCUGUCAAUGCCCAUCAGUGCCACCUACCAGUG